AUGUCGACACAGCGCAACGGCACGUCCAACGGCGCCAAUGGCGCCUACGCGACGCCCACAAGCAAGCGCUUCUCCGACAUUCCCUCUGCGAUCGACGUGCCCGUCCAUGGCGAAGCCGAAGACGAAGCCGUCGAGAUUGACCUCGAGGCCCUCUUCGAUGAUCCCACAGAAGUCUGCACGCUGCUGGAGAACGAGCGAGCGGCACGCACAUAUUGGAUGACCGUGGCCCUCGCCUACGCCAAGCAGAAGAACAUCGACCAUGCCAUCGAGAUGCUGGUCCGUGGCGGCCAUUCCAUGCGCGACAACACCCCGCGAGAAAAGCUCAGCCUCAUCGGAUGCCUGUGUUGGAUGUACCUGUGGAAGGUCCGCGAGGCCCCGCGCCUGCCCCCCGACGGCGUGCCGGCGAGCGAGGCCAAGACGAAGGAGCACUACCUUCAGCUGGCGACGUCGACGCUCAACGACGCAUCACGCAUCAACCCCGCGUUCCCGCCCUUGUUCCUCGCGCGCGGUGUUCUGCAGCUGCUGCGCGCGUCGCUGCAGAUCCCCAAGGCCACCGGUCUCGGCAAGCUGGACAACGAAAAGGCAGACCUGCUGCGGGCGGCGCUCAAGGCGUUUGAGGACGCCAUUCGCGUGUCGCAGGGCAAGAACAUGCUGGCCGUCAUGGGCAAGGCGAGGGCUCUCUUCUCCCUCGGCAAGUUUCCCGAGUCGCUCGCCUGCUACCAGGAGGUGCUCGGCAAGAUGCCCGAUCUCGUCGAUCCCGACCCGCGAAUCGGCAUUGGCGCCUGCUUCUGGCAGCUGGGGUUCAAGGACGACGCGAGGAGCGCCUGGGAGCGCUGCCUCGAGAUCAACCCGGACCACAAGGUCGGCAACAUCCUCCUCGGCCUCUACUACCUCGACGCAAGCGGCCACGUGCCGACAAACAGCCCCGACUUCAUCCGUCUCUACAAGAAGGCCAUGACCGAGUACACGCAAAAGUCCUUCAAGCUCGACAAGAACAUGCCCCUGACCUGCGCCACGUUCGCCAACUACUUCCUCUCCCGCAAGCAGCUGGGCACCGUCGACACGCUCGCGCACAAAGCCAUCCAGUACACCGACGUCAACGCCAUCGCCAGCGACGGCUGGUACCUCCUGGCCCGCAAGGAGCACCACGAGGGCGACCCCAGCAAGGCGUCCGACUACUACCGCCGAGCCGACGAUGCCAGGGGCGGUGCGGACCGCGGCUACCUGCCCGCCAAGUUUGGCGCGGCGCAGUUGUCCGUUAUGAGGGGCGACCUCGCAGAGGCCAAGCUGACGCUGGAGAAGAUGGUCCAGCAGUCCAAGCACCACGAGGCCUUGGUCCUCCUCGGCACGCUCUACGCCGAAGAAGUGUUUGCGAACCAGGACCUGGACGCCAAGGAAGACAAGUCGGCCGAGACGAAGAAGGCCAUUGGGCUCCUGGAGAGCGUGCGCGGCGCGUGGCGGGACUCGAAGAAGAACCUCAACCCCGACGCGGCCGUCCUGCUCAACCUCGCCCGCCUCUACGAGGCAGAGCACCCCGACAAGGCGCUGCACUGUCUGCUGCAGGUCGAGCAGCUCGAGAUGGACCUUGUCAGCGCGGCAGACCGGCCGCCACCCGAGACGGACGAGGCCGAGACGAAGAGGGCUCUUCGCCGGUUCCUGCCGCCUCAGCUGCUCAACAACAUUGGCUGCUUCUACUCACAGUCGGAGAGGCACGAGCAGGCCAGCGAGCUGUUCGAGGCGGCGCUGGACGCGUGCAUGAAGCUCGGCGAAAAGGACGAGGACGCCGACGUCGACGCGCUCGUCACGACCAUCAGCUUCAACCUCGGCCGCAGCUACGAGUCCCGGGGCAUGCUAGACGAUGCCGUCAAGGUGUACGAGGAGCUCCUCAAGCGUCACGACGACUACACAGAUGCCCGCGUUAGGCUCGCGUACAUCAAGCUGCGCAAGUUCCCUCACAAGGAGGGCCCCGAGGCCGUGUCCAAGCUGUACAAGGAGAACGCGAGGGAUCUGGAGGUGCGCGCUCUGUACGGCUGGUACCUGGGCAAAGUGCCGUCGCGGAAGAGGUCAGGCAACAUCAACGAGGACGACGAGUUCCGUCACUACAAGCACACGCUCCGCGACCACGACAAGCACGACCGCUACGCGCUGGUCGGCGCCGGCAACCUGCACCUGCUGACGGCGCGCGAGAUGCGGCGCGAGAGCGACAGCGACAAGGCGAAGCGCAGCGCCAUGUACACCAAGGCGGUCGAGUUUUUCGAGAAGGCGCUCUCGCUGGACCCUCUCAACGCCUACGCCGCGCAGGGCAUCGCCAUCGCGCUGGUCGAGGACAGGAAGGACUACAAGACGGCGCUGGGCAUCUUUGUCAAGAUUCGCGACACGGUCAAGGACGCGCACGUGUUUGUCAACCUCGGUCACAUCUACGCCGAGCUGCGGCAGUACUCGAAGGCCCUCGAGAACUACGAGACGGCGCUGUCGAAGGAGGGCAAGAGCAACGACCCCGUCAUCCUGGCGUGCUUGGGCCGUACGUGGCUGAACAAGGGCCGCUCGGAGAAGAACCUCGACGCGUACAACCAGGCACUGUCGUAUGCGAAGAAGGCUCUCGAGGCUGCGCCGGAGCAGGUGCACUACAAGUUCAACGUGGCUUUCGUGCAGAUCCAGCUGGCGUCGACGAUCUACCUGCUGCCGGAGACGGGCCGCGUGCUGCAGCAGCUGGUGGACGCGCAGGAGGGGCUCGAGGCGGCCAUCACGGCGCUCGACGAGAUUGCGGCGCACCCGCAGACGCCGUACCCCAAGCACGACGUGGAGCAGCGUGCCAACAUGGCGCGCAACACGCAGCGCAAGCAGCUCGAGAGGGCGAUUGCCAGCCAGCGGGAGUACGAGGAGAAGAACAAGGAGAAGCUGCAGGCGGCGCUCGAGCAGCGGCAGACAGAGAUGCGCAAGCGCGAGGAGGUGCGGGCGGCGGCGCUGGCGAUCGAGCGGGAGAAGCAGGAGAAGCUCCAGGCGGAGCGCGAGGCCAUUGCGGCGCGGGACCGGGAGAUUGCAGAGAGGCGGGCCGAGGAGGAGAAGGCGCGGGCCGAGGCCGAGAUGACGACGGACAGCGAGACGGGCGAGAGGGUCAAGCGCAAGCGCAAGGCGGCGGCACCCCGGGGCGCGGCGGGCGAGGGCAAGGCCAAGAGGGGCGCGCGCAAGAAGAAGGGCGGCGACGACUCGGAGGGCGAGGACGAGGACGAGUCGGAGGAGGAGGAGCGGCCGAAGCCGAAGAAGAGACGUCUCGCCAAGAAGGAGACCGAGAAGCCCGGCAAGUUCAAGUCGGCUGAGAUUAUCGUCGACAGCGACGAGGACGAGGAGGCGCAACGCGACGAGGACGACGAGGAGGACCCCCUCGAGCGGGCUGAGAGGGCGCUCGCACGGAGCGGUCGCGCUGCGUCCCAUGACGGGCGCGACAAUGGCGACGACGAGGGCGAUGACCGCAUGGACGUCGACGCCGGCAGAGGGGGUGACAAUGAUGACGAGGAGGACGACGAUGCCGAGGUCACGCGGCGACAGCAGAGCAAGCGUGCCCGACGCGGUCGCGUCGUCGAGAGCGACGAGGAGGACGAGGAGGAAGGCGACGAAGGUGUCGCGGCAGGCCACCGAUCAGGGGACGACGACGUGGCGGCCGCCAAGGCUGACACCAGCAUGGCCGAUGCCGAGGACGAUGACGAGGCGUGA